AUGAAUUCGCGCCCUCCAACUAUAACAGAAAAAGAUUUCUCCGGUUCCUCCAUAAUCGAAGGAAUUACAAGCUUCCUCUUGUUACAAGAGGUUUAUUGGUUACUGGAGAUCUACGAUCAGAUAUUCGUUAGUUCUUUCGUGAUUCUCCCUGAAUCACUCAAUCAUGGAAGAGUGACGAAGGAUUGA